GGCACAUUUUCAACCGCGACCCCAACUCCGGCCGAGUGACUCGGUCGUUCUAUCUUUCAUCAGCUUCAUUUAGAAUAGUGCAUCAUGACUUCUUUCUUUGUCACUUAUACAUUGUAUCUUGUAUUGUAUCAUACGCACAUUUGUACAUAAGCUCACCAACAUACAACCACUCCCAAUACCUCAGUACCAAUUCAAUUAAUAUGAAGGUCGAAGGCAGAACUUUUGUGGUGUCUGGCGGAGCAUCCGGUUUGGGUCAAGCAUGCGUGGAAGAAAUAUGUCGGAAUGGAGGUAACGCCGCCGUUCUAGAUUUGAAUGAAGAGAACGGUGCAGCCGUGGUGGAGAGUCUCCCUGGCGGAACCGCCAAGUUCUUCGUCUGUGACGUCACAGAUACGAAAAGCAUCGAAGCUGCCGUCAACGGGACUGUAGAAUGGAUACAACAGACGGGGAAACCCAUAGGUGGUAUCAUUCCAGCGGCAGGUGUGGGCAACCCAGCAACGAUUUUAGACCGUGAAGGAAACGCAUUCAGCCUGGAAGCUUUCGAGUUUGUAACGAACAUCAACUUACGAGGAACUAUCGAUUUAGUGCGGCAGUAUCUUGUCCAUCUCGCCAAAACCGAGCCAGUAGGUUCCGAUAAAGAACGAGGCGUCGUCAUCAUGGUAGCAUCGGUCGCUGCGUUUGAGGGGCAAAAAGGACAAGUUUCAUACGCUGCUAGUAAAGGGGCCGUGGUUUCCAUGACUUUACCCAUGGCGAGGGAUCUGGCGCGAUACGGUAUACGCUGUGUGACUAUCGCUCCGGGCGUGUUCGAAUCACGUAUGACGUCGGUGAUGCCUAAAAAGUUAUUCAAGGGGUUAGAGGCAGCCAUGGAAUUCCCGCGUCGAGCAGGGUUACCUUAUGAGUUUGCGCAAUUGGCCCGGCAAGUCAUUGAGAACCCAAUGCUUAACGGCACUGUGAUCAGAUUAGACGGAGGUAUAAGAAUGCCGAGCAAGAUCUAGGACUGGGAACGUUGCGCUAAUCAUUGAAAUCACAUCAAAUCUCUUGCGCAUGACAUGGGCUCUUUUAUUGAUAUUCUUUCUUUACGUUACGCUUCUCACCUAUGUGCCUCCACGCAUAUCUAACUUUAAGAACCAACCGC